AACCUUCCAUAAAAAAGCUACUAAAUCAAAGCUUCCUCUACACAUUUUGCUUAUCUUAAACAAAAACCCAAAUGGCCUCACUAGGUUACUACGAAGUCCUCUUAGCACUGGCAUGCUUUCUCUUCCUUGCUUUCUUUGCCACCACUGAUCGGCUUCCACGGAACUGGCCUCUCCUCGGAACGCUUCCGAGUCUUCUUUGCCACGUCCACCGGGUUCACGAUCGUUCCACCGAGAUCCUCAGCCAGACCGGGGGUACUUUCCUACUCCGAGGCCUAUGGUUCACUAACACGGACAUGUUGAGCACUGUUGAUCCAGCCAACAUCCACUACAUCAUGAGUGCCAACUUCUUGAAUUUUCCAAAAGGCCCUCAGUUCCUCAAGAUUUUCGACAUUUUGGGAGAUGGGAUUUUCAAUUCUGACUCAGAAUCGUGGCGCAGCCAGAGGAAACUCGCUCGGUUGAUGGUCAAUAACCACCGGUUCCACCGGUAUUUGGCCAAGACAACCCAAGAUAAGGUGGAGAAAGGCCUCAUCAAAGUUCUUGAUCAUGUUUCCAAACAAGGCCAAGUGGUGGACUUGCAAGACUUGUUCCAAAGGCUAACAUUUGACACCACUUGCAUACUCGUCACCGGGUAUGACCCUGGUUGCCUCUCCAUCGACCUCCCUCAUGUUCCCUUCUCCAAGGCCAUGGAUGAUGCCGAGGAAGCUAUCUUUAGUCGCCACAUAAUCCCCGAGAGCGUUUGGAAGCUCCAGAGGUGGCUAGGGAUUGGACACGAAAAGAAAUUGAGAAACGCUCGUGCAACCCUAGAUCAUGUCAUAGGCAAAUAUAUUUCCAUGAAGAGAGACGAACUUAGGAGAGGAAUCAAAUCAAAUGACAAAGAAGAAGACGGUGUUGAUCUAUUAACAUCGUAUUUGAAUGAAGAAGAGAUAGAAAGCGAUGAUAAGUUCUUGAGAGACACCAUUUUAAAUUUCAUGAUCGCGGGGAGAGACACGACCAGCUCAGCUCUCACGUGGUUUCUUUGGCUCGUUUCAACUCACCCAGACGUGGAAGAAAAGAUCAGAGAAGAACUCAAAUCGACUAUACCAACAGAAGAAACUAACAAAUGGAGAUUAUUCGGCGUAGAAGAGAUAAGCAAGCUAGUUUAUCUACACGGUGCACUAUGCGAAUCAUUAAGGCUAUAUCCACCAGUUCCAUUCCAACACAAAGAGCCUCAUAAGCCAGACACACUUCCAAGUGGGCAUCGUGUUGAUCCGAAUAUGAAAAUAUUGUUCUCUCUAUACGCAAUGGGAAGGAUGAAAUUCAUAUGGGGAGAGGAUUGCACGGAGUUUAAGCCAGAGAGAUGGUUAUCCGAGCAAGGAACGAUCAAACAUGAGCCAUCUUACAAGUUCUUGGCGUUCAAUGCAGGACCGAGGACUUGUUUGGGAAGAGAAGUUGCUUUUACUCAAUUGAAAUUGGUUGCUGCGAGUAUGAUACACAACUACCAAGUUCAAAUGGUGAAAGGACACACUGUGGCCCCUAAUGUUUCCGUCAUUCUCUAUAUGAAGCAUGGCUUGAAGGUUAAAGUUACCAAAAGAUGGUCUUGAAGCAGUCAAAUUUUACUAGUGUUGUUUUGGGGUGUUUAAAAUAAAUAGCCUAUAAAUGUUGUUGAAUUUUACUGCGUUCAGUUUCCCUUUUUAUUUCUAAAAGUAUAGGCUUUUUGAUGUUUUGAUGUAUGCAAUCAAUGCUAGUAUAUAAUAUACUAGGUUGUAUGAAAUAAUUUGAAGUUGAAUAAAUGCACAGAAGAGAGUGUGCACGAGUAUCUGAAUAUAAUGUAAAUUUUGAUUGUUGUUUUUC